GGCCAAAGCGUCUGUGAAGUUGCAUAGCAACCACUUAAAAAAACAGGCGUCACUCAUGUUUAGAGAGCCACACAUACAUUAAUUAGUUAGCAGCAUUCAUUUUCAGCGUGGAAUCACCACGUCAUUUCAGAAGACAAGACCUGUUGGAUAUGUUGAAGAACAAAACAAAGCUCAAAACACAAGGCUUCACUGUAAAAUCCACUAUGAAGAACUCCGUGGUGGUGGGUCCCCCGGCAGCUGGGGCUUUUCAGGAGCGCCCUACCAAAUCAACCACAUUUCGCAAGUUCUAUGAGCGUGGCGAGUUUCCGGUAGCGCUGCAGUUUAGCGCCAAAGGCAACUGCAUUGCAUGGAAGGUGGCGUUUGAGAAGCUGGACUACCACCACCUCCUGCCUCUGUUCUUUGAUGGCUUAUGUGAGACUGCUCACCCAUACGAGUUCUUAGCCCGCCAGGGAGUCCAUGACUUGUUGAAGAACGGUGGCCCAAAGAUCCAGCCUGUCGUUCCCCAGCUCAUCAUCCCCAUCAAGAAUGCCCUGAAUACAAGAAAUCGUCAGGUGAUCUGCACCACGCUGAAAGUCCUGCAGCAUCUGGUGAUGUCUGGAGACAUGGUGGGAGAGGCCCUGGUGCCCUACUACAGACAGAUCCUCCCUAUUCUCAACAUCUUCAAGAACAUGAACAUCAAUUCAGGGGAUGGCAUCGACUAUAGCCAACAGAAGCGAGAGAACAUCGGUGAUUUGAUCCAGGAGACUUUGGAGGUCUUUGAGCGCUAUGGAGGAGAGGAUGCCUUCAUAAACAUCAAAUACAUGGUGCCCACCUACGAGUCCUGCAUGACCAGCUGAAGGGGGCGGUCACCCCGGCACAGACUGUUGCUUUCACCUCUUUGUCAGUCUUUCAGUUUCUGCACCUCCACAUCUAAAUUAAGUCCUUAUCUUAUCCCCUUCUUUAUCCUAGCCCUCCCCUGAGCUCAACCUCACUUCAUUUGUUCUCUGUUUCUGAACCAAUCUCUAACAUUUCAAAGACCCAACAUUUCUUCCUUUGCUCCACUCCACGAGUUCAAACCUUCCUCUGCUACCUCUCUGCCCCCUCUUCUAUUUAGCAUAUUCUUUUAUAGCGUAUUAAAUUCAUACAGCAAAUCAUUAGGUCUCUCUGCCUGUGUUUAUUAAUAUAACUUGUUAAUGCAAGUUGCAAGCCCGAUACAACAAAUUUACCUCAGUCAGAUCUACCAGCAUGUUUUCAACUACCCAUGUAUUCUUUAGUGAUUUUACACAGCUAGCCGAUAUGGAGUCCUUGAUGCAGAGAUCGGGCAUUUAGUGAAAUUAGCAGAGAUAUGCUUGUAAGAAAAAUGCCACACUUUAAAAUGUAUUUUUUUAAAAACAGAAUUGAAAAUUAUAUUGAUUUUACAGUAAAACUUCACUCAAAUUGUAUCUAUUGACUCAAUGCCUGUAGGUUUGAAUGUUGACUGUAAUGUUCACAGAGGAUACUGCAUUCCACUGCAUGGUGACACAGUUUGAAGGCAGACGAAGUCUCAACAGGCCCAUAGAAACUUCUCAAACCACUCCUGCAGGUUUUUUCCAGCCACUUUUCAGGCCUGCAGGGUGGAAUUACUUCUCAAAAGAUAUAUUUUUCCCUAAGUGUCACAUUAAGUACUUGAUUUUUCUCUGCUGGAACAGUAAACAAAUGCUGUUCUCUCUACACUGCAAAGCUUUUGAUUAAAAAAGGUGCUAAUGUCAUUUGAGAGGUACAAAAAGCAGCGAUCUCAGUGCUGCAGGCCUGUGAUUCUUAUCUUUUGUCCUGCUCUACAACUGCUACUAAUCACAACUGUGGUAUUGUUUUGUAUUGUGUUGUACCACUGUACCCAUUCUGUCACAAGCCCAGCUGGAGACAGAGCCUGUCUAAACAUGCAGAGAAAGACGCAUCGGAAUGACGAGCGACAGCAUUCCUCCAGCCAAAGACACACUCGCAAGCUCAUGGUUGGUUGACAUCCUUUGAGCUCAGCUAAACCACAGUGAUUUUAGUGAACACUUGUGUGCAUGCAGGCUUAUUUGUGAUGAUUUGUGCAUGACAACAUACGUGCAUUUUUUGUUUAUCAAGAGCAGCCCGAAACUCAGUCAGCAUAUUUAACUGAUUUUGUGUUCUCACACUGUGCAGACUGACGGUUCUUUGUCCUUCUGUGCUCUCUGCUGUAUUAAAGUCACAGUGGAAAUUUCUUCCCAGACACAGUGGAAGUUUUGGUGAUUGUAUUUUAGAGAGUCACACACUUGUACAUAUACAUAUACAACCCUGUGACCCACAGGGGAAACACAGCAUAAUUGAUUUCUGACACUCACAAGGACACUUGCACAGUCUCUUAUUGUAAGUCAUGUCUGCAGCAAAAGCAGCUUUACAGGCCUGCGGAGGAAUCUGUUCUCAGCCAGAAGACAGGUUCAUAAUGCUCGUAUUUCAGCUUCAGCACAUCUCGGAAAAGAAUGUUACAGAAUAGGUGUUCCAUGCUGCUGGACCCGGUCGAGCUGCUCUCUGCCUGCUGCUUGAUCUGUGCAGUGCAAGACGAAAAGAAGUGCAGAGUAGUCCCCUUUCAACACAAAAGACAUAUUUCACUGUAAUAACUGCUGCUUCCUAACUAAACAAAUAUAGCAAUGGUACAGGCACAUGAACUACUUUUAAAUGGGAUAUAAUUUCACCUUUGUUCUCAGUUGAGGAGCGGAUCGAACUCUGAAUAGCCUGUGGUUUUGUUUAACUGUAUCAGUGAUGCCCUGCUGUCUUGUUUCACCUGUCCUGUUUUACUGAGCUGCACACUAAGCAGCUGGGCCAGCAAAGAAAGGAGAGCUUAGAGAUGGAGAGGACAACUAGGAAAUCAGGACCAAGUGAGACAUUUAUAGCAGUUUUGUUAAACUAGAGUGUAUAGAGUGCUUCAAAUUUCAUUUUCAGAACUGGACUCAGGUCUUCCAUCUGUUCACCAGAGCCCUUUGCGUCGCCCUUUGCUAGCAGUGCUACAGUGCGAUUCAACCCACACUUCGCACUUAAAGGGCCAGGCAAUCUGAUCGCUUUGGCUUAAUUAAGUAAUAUCACAGGCGCACACAGGCAUUCAGUGCUAAAUGGUGUCCUUUUCAACCUCUUCAGAAACAGACUGAAGCUCAUUAAGAAAGGUGACAGUCUGGAAAGGAACCUUGAAGAACAUGGUCUUGAAUCAAGAUCCACAUACACACACAUGCCAGCACAUAGACAUAUACACAAACAGUACCACAUAAAACAGUGCCAAAAAACCAACACCGAGCUAUAAUUGCUCACCCAAGUAAUAGAGUGAAUUGCGAAAUGAGCAGGAAAGGAGGCAGCCACUGAGGUUAUUUGGCCUAUCAAAUGCAUCGACGCACAACUGAUCCAGACCUACAAGCUGGAAAGACCAAGCACGACAUUAUACUUGAAUUUCUGCCUUAUCUUACUCUGCUCUCAGAUAUGAAAAAACUCACAUAUAAAUUUAGCAAACAGCAAGAACUGUCUUUAUCAUCAUCUUCUGACCCUUUUGCCUUUGUCAUAAUGAGCAAUUGAUCAUGUUGUGACUCCGGGGACCACAAUACAAGGAAGAAAAUUGCUUCCCAUUCAGAUUAUUUCCUCCAUGUGGAGGCGGUGGAACUGAUCUUACAUGUUAUUCAGCCAUUUUGCAAUAUCUCUGUGCUUGUCCAGUGCUGU